UUAGCCGCCAGCCAAUGGGGUUCGCCCGUCAGAAAGAGACACCCGCUGUUUGUCAUGCGCCAUAUUGGAAAGUGGGAGGAGCCAAGAAUCACCCAAACGAGAGGGCAAAAUGGAACGGCCGGCCCUGCUGCAGAAUGGAGAGCUGGGCAACAUGGAUGCUUCCACAACCAGACUGGUCAGCAAGCCCUUUCCCAAGCCCUUCUCGAUCGAGAGUCUGAUUGCCCAGCAAACACCUGCCAAUACGGCGCCACCGUCGCCGCCCGAGGAGCGGGAUCAGGAACAGGAGCCGGAGCACAAGCAGGAACAGGAGCUGAGUGCCCGCGCCAUGGUGGCCAGCUCCGCCCUGGGACUCACCCAGUUCCCGCUGUAUAAUCCCUGGCUGCACGGCUACUUUGCCCAGAACCACGAGAGAUUAACGCAUUUAAUUACCGGCGGCUGCUACCUGCCCUCCAAUCCGCCAGCCAGUCAUCCUGCUCCGCAGCAGCCGCCACCACCACCACCACCACCACCACCGCCCACACAUGCCUUGGAGAAGCAGCUUCCGCCCACCUUGCCGCAUCCGCUGGAUACGCGAUUCCUGCCUUUCAACCACGCCGCCGCCGCCGCCGGAGUGGCACCCACGGAUCUCAGCUACCGCCGAUUGGCCGAGCUGAUGAACCAGGACUACGUGCACAGCCUGAGUGUCCACGCUCGACUGCAGCACAUGGCCGCCGCCGGCCGGAUCCAGGACCAGAAGCCAUCGAACCCAGCUUUGGUGCAACACCAGGAACCGUCGCCGCCGCAGGCCCACUCCUCGCCAGCAAAGUCCGGCAGCCACAGUCCCGUGGAGCCAACGCUGGAUGUGGGCAUGGACGAGGACUUCGAGUGCAGCGGCGACUCCUGCAGCGACAUCAGUCUGACCAUGUCUCCCAGGAACUACAACGGAGAGAUGGACAAGAGCCGCAAUGGAGCCUACACCAACUCGGAUAGCGAGGAUUGCAGUGAUGACGAAGGUGCUCAUUCUCGGCACGAAGGUGGCGGCAUGGGCGGCAAGGAUUCGCAGGGCAACGGCUCCAGCUCCAGCUCCAAAUCCCGUCGCCGUCGCACAGCCUUCACCUCGGAACAGUUGCUGGAACUCGAGCGGGAGUUCCAUGCCAAGAAGUAUCUAAGUCUCACGGAGCGCAGUCAAAUAGCCACCAGUCUAAAGUUGAGCGAAGUUCAGGUUAAAAUCUGGUUUCAAAACCGCCGAGCCAAGUGGAAAAGGGUCAAGGCCGGACUCACCUCCCACGGAUUGGGUCGCAACGGGAGCACCAGUGGCACCAAGAUCGUGGUGCCCAUCCCAGUGCACGUGAACCGGUUCGCCGUGCGGUCCCAGCACCAGCAGCUGGAGAAGAUGUGCCUCAGCGGACCGAAGCCGGAUCUGCGCAAGAAGAUCUCGGCGGAGGCGAUCGGGGGGUUCGAGAAGUUCAGCGGCGCCACCAACGCCCCACCGCCAGUGGGCGUCGGUCUGGGAGUGGCCACGCCCCUCUCCCUGGCCAGGAGCAUCUAUUGAUGGAGUUGGCCCCUGAAUCUGUGCGAGUGUAAAUACCUAAGGAGGCAGUUCGGCUGCAAAUGGAGUUGUCUUUUUGUAAAUAAACAAACGAA